AUGAUUCUCACCCUCCUUCCGCCGACGUCUGCCCCGACGCUACACCAUCCCCUCGUCCUCCCUGAGCCGCAUCAUGCGCGCGCACCACUGCCCGUCGGGUGGGCGGCCCAGCUCGCGGGACUGCAGCAAGACGGCCUUGACAUGCCGCCGAGUAUCCACGCACUGGACGGCUCGAGCGGGUGGUCUGCGAUUGUGGAGGAGUGCGUAUUCGAGCUGCUCGACAAGCAGGGCGUGCGUGUGGAGUGUAUUCUCGUCGGGGGAGGCUCCGUCGUGUGGGAUGUCUCUGGCGAUGGGCGGGCGUGCGCGGGGAUGCUGAGAGAGGCCUUGUCGGACCUCGCAGCUGCGAAGAAGGAAGUGGAGAAGGAGCGCGCGGCGGUCCUACCCCGCCCGUCUGCGCCGAUACAUCAUACGUACCCAGGCGCUGGCAAGGUGGAAUGGGCGCAGUCGUCGGACACACUCGCGCUGCCGCCGCCAGUCGCGAGCAAGGCCACGAAGCACAAGAAGCAACGCUCGCUGUUGUUCUUGUCGAGUAUCGUUAGUGGUCUGCACAAGCUCGCUGCGUCCGCAUCGCCAUCACCAACGCGCUCAGCAUUCCCGACAUCCCCGUCACCCACCACCUCGGAGUUCGCGUACUCAUCUAGUCCCACACAAGCGAGCUUUGGAGAGGGCGCUCGUUCCGGUGCAAGAAGUACAGCGUGGACAACCACGCUCGCAUUCCUCCCGCCCGCGCGGAAGACUCCCCUGCCCUAUAGCGUCGCCCGGCCACUCUCGGCCAUCCUGCACGCGAAGGCGCGUGCGGGGCUUGUGGACGCGUGGCGCCGAUAUGUGCUUGACGAGCUGCGCAUGCGGCUUGGGUUUGGGAGGAACGUGGAGGACGAGCUGGACGGCGCAUUGUGCGCGUACGACUAUCCGCGGUGGACAGCAGCCCGGAUGUUGCGGCGGACGGAGGAGUGGAUGGCGUGGCUCGUGCAGGAGGCGCGGGAGAACGGGGGCGCGUCGCCGGAUAUGGACCCGGUGAGCGCGUCGCGGCCGACGAGUGCAGCACUGUCGGUGACAAUUCCCUCGCACAAGCCGGAGCGGACCGCGUCGGAGCUGUCGGGGAAGACCCUUGUGCCAGCGGAGGAGGAGGGCGCGGGACGAGAGGUGAGCGAGAGCGUGAGCACCGAGGCGAGCAGCUGCACGGAGGACAGUGAGUCGGUGCACACGCCCGUGGAUGGAGAGGAGGGCGCGCCGUUCCAGCUACCAUUCCGCUCAUCGUCUGCAUCGCAUUCGCGCGUGGCCUCGCUCGUGGACGCGCACCCGCAGGCAGCAGACGUCCCCAGAAGCCCGACGCCGCCGUCGAGCCAAGCGACGUAUGCGGCGCUCAGCGCACAGAGAGUGCAUCUGCUCAAGCUGCUGAGGAGUAUGAACACUCAUCGGGCCACGGCUGCGCAGGAUGCGCGGAGUGCACGGGCAGUCCUUGAGGUGAAGAGCCGACGGCGGGCAUGGAGCUCGCGUGCGUACCUUGGGCGAGCAGAGGGCCGGCUAUGCGGGCUCGCGACGCCUGUACGGAGCUCGCCUCUCGCGCGGUGCGAACCGACGACUGCAGCAUGGGGCGUACCUGCGGAGGGCGGUUUGGAGGUGUGUACGGGCGAGUGCGACCUGAAGGAGCUCUUCCCUGUGGAGGAGGUUGAUGAGGACGAGGAGAUGGAGGAGAUGGAGAACCUGCAGGCUAUCAGCCUCGCUGGCAUCGCGGACUUGGAUCUGCACGUCCAUCCCCUCCCCAACCGUGCCCCGCAGAACUUGUCUCUCUCAUUGCCACUGCCCCUCCCACCAACUCCGUCACCUUCACCUGCGGCAUUGCCCGGCCGGCCUCUGACAGCUCGGACGGUGUCUGUCGCCAAUCCAGUCAGCCGACCGCCACUCUCUGCGUCUGCGCUGUUAUUCCAACCGCUGAAGCCCAAAUUCGAGAGCCAGACGAAGUUCGCGCUCAUGGAUCAUGGUGGGGACGCGGAUGAUGAAGACGGUCCGCCGUACGUCAAGGUCAGCGUGGAAAUGGAGGUGGGCGUGAAUGUCCGAGAGGGCUGGGUUGAGGGAGUCGGGGUACGGUGA